AUGGAUCCUUGUCAAGAAGCAUCGGAAUUAGCUCACAGUCAAACACUCCGUAAUCUUCUUAUCAGCAUUGCAGUCAUAUCAGCUCUAGCAGUUAUUGCUGAAUUGUGGGCAAUAAAAAGUAAAACCAGUCAGAUGUUACUCCAUCAAAAUACCCGAAUGUUGCUCAUCGUUCACCAAAUAUGGCUUAUCAUUCACUGCAUCGCCAGGUCGUUCUGCUUAGCAAGUUUUUUACCACACGCUCACGAAAUGUUAAGUUAA